AUGUCUACUUUGAUUGAGAAAUUUAGAUCUCUUUCGCUUUCUAACGAGCUCAACAACGAGCAACUUGCGUUGGCUACGCAAUGGGAAUCUGUGGUGAAAUCCGGACAAAUUCAAAGUCACAUUGAAGAGCUUAACUUGCGCCUAAGAGACCAUUCGUUCAUUUUAGGGACUUUGACACCUACUGAAACCGAUGUCACUGUUUUCGAAUCAGUUUUUCCUAUUAUCAAGGAUCUUUUGGCUUCCUCGAAAGACGUCAAAGGUCACUAUGCUCAGUACAGACACAUCAUUAGAUGGAGUGCAUACCUACAAGAUUUAUUAGAGGUUUCUGAGGAAAGCAAGCUUUCCCUUAACUUCGACCUUGAAUUGCCCCGCGAAGUGAUUGAAAAGAAGAAGAAAGAGGACGUCAAGAAACCAGCUGGCGAUGAAUCCAAGCCGGUAAGCAAGUCUGAGGCGAAGGCUGAUGCUUCUAAGCAAGGUCCAAAGGGUAAGCCCGACGAGGAAACCUUGAAAAAACUCAGGGAAGAGGCUAAGGCCAAAAAAGCUGCCAAGAAAGCCCAGCAGUCUCAGCAAGCUCAACAGCAACAAGAACAACAACCUCAAAAGCCAAGACCUUCUGCUAUUGAUUUGCGUAUUGGUUUCAUCCAGAAGUGUAUAAAGCACCCAGAUGCAGACUCCUUAUAUGUGUCCACUAUCGACGUUGGCGACGAAGAGGGUCCCAGAACCGUGUGCUCCGGUUUGGUCAAGUAUUUCCCACUUGAAGCCAUGCAGGAACGCUACGUGGUUGCUGUCUGCAACUUGAAACCUGUGAACAUGAGAGGUAUCAAAUCCACAGCAAUGGUGUUGUGUGGUUCAGAUGAAAACAAUGUCGAAUUUGUUCAGCCACCACAGGGCAGCAAAGCCGGCGAAAAGGUCUUUUUCGAAGGUUUCGGCGAUGAAGAGCCUGCCAAGCAACUCAACCCUAAGAAAAAGAUUUGGGAACAACUACAGCCAAAUUUCUCUACCAAUUCUGAUUUAGAAGUUUUCUUCAAGGACGAAGAAGACAGCAACAAACCAAAGAAGUUGACCAAUGCCCGUAACGAGUCGUUUAAGGUCGCAUCCAUCGCAAACGCCAACGUGCGCUGA